AUGCCGCCCCCCAACGACGAGCUGGUGCGGAAGCGGACCUCUGCAGACUUUGUCUUCGGGAAAGUCAUCGGGGAGGGCAGCUUCAGCACGGUCUACCUCGCCAAAGACGUGCACACGAGCCGAGAGUUCGCAAUCAAAGUCCUGGAAAAGCGGCACAUUAUCAGGGAGAAGAAGACCGAGUACGUGACCCGCGAGAAGAAAGUCCUGCAAAUUUUAGGCAGCUCCUGUAAAUAUUUUGUCCACUUGUACUACACGUUUCAAGACACCGACCGGCUGUACUUUGUGCUAACUUACGCGAAGAACGGAGAGUUGCUCCAGCAGAUCAACAAAGACGGCGCGUUUAGCCUCGAAUGCACCAAGUAUUACGCAGCCGAGCUCGUCCUUGCCUUGGAAUACCUUAAGCUCAAAGGAAUCGUGCACAGGGAUUUGAAGCCGGAGAACGUCCUGUUCGACGAAAACUGGCACAUUUUGAUCAUUGACUUCGGAAGCGCCAAAAUCCUAGGCGAGGACAAGUCCUCAGACGAGGAGAGUCAAAAGCGACGUAAAUACAGUUUUGUGGGAACUGCACAAUAUGUUAGUCCUGAGAUACUAAACGAUGAUGAAUCAACUUGCGCCUCCGAUUUGUGGGCCUUGGGGUGCAUCAUCUACCAGAUGCUAACGGGUCAAAUGCCGUUCCGCGGUCCUAGUGAAUAUUUAAUUUUCCAGAAAAUUUUGAAACUCGACUACGAGUUCCCCCAAGGUUUUGAUAAAGUAGCGAAAGACUUAAUAGAGAAAUUCCUUGUUAUAGCCCCCAGUAGUAGGCUGGGGGCGACGGAUCAAGUACCUUACAAAAGUAUACGAGAGCAUGAGUUCUUUAGGGAAAUUAAUUGGGACGAUUUGGGGCCCCCUCCGAACUUUUCGGCGAAAUGUGAGAACAGUAGCGAUAUAGUGAUCAUCCCGGAUGAUCUGGAACCAGGCCUUGAUGAGGAGAAGGCGUCGAGACUACACUUUAGGAUGCUUCAGCCCCAGACGCCCCCUAGGAAAAAAUCGGAACCCAAUAGGAAAAUAACUGACUUGAGUCAGGAAGAAAUUGAGCAAAGACUGGAACAACAAAAAAGUAAUAACAGUGUUUAUCAUGAGUUAGUUGAAGGGAAUUUAAUUCUAAAACAAGGGAUUGUUGAAAAGAGAAAGGGAAUUUUCCCGAGACGGCGGAUGUUGUUGCUCACGCUAGGGCCUCAUUUAUACUACGUAGAUCCUGUUACUAUGACUCUAAAGGGGGAAAUCCCGUGGAGUGACGAUUUGAAACCAGAGGCCAAAAAUUUUAAAAAGUUUUUUGUUCACACGCCCAAUCGUAUCUACUAUCUGGAGGACCCAGACGGGUAUGCCCUGGAGUGGUGCAAAGCAAUAGACGAAGUGAAGGCUUACUACUAUCCAGUACAACAACUGUAGAUGAAUGUAGAAAACUGUUUAGUUUUAUUGUAUUUAUUUAUAUUUUAUUUAAAUUAUUUGUUAGCCUAGCAAAUUAUUAAUCUGUAGCAGAUCGCCUUAUUUAUAAUAUAUUGUUUUACUUGUA